AUGGAUCCCAGCCUCAAUUUGCCACCAGAGGUCUGGACAAAGAUCUUUCUCUUUGCCUGUACCGUUCCAGACGCGUUUUCCGCACACCCAAAGGGUACCAGAAACGUUCUCCAGUCAGAGGCCCGUGAGGAUUGGUGGAGGCUGCAGAACGAGGUCGCCAGCUGCCGAUACACCUACCGCUGUAUCGCGCUCGUCUGUCGCUCCUGGUAUCACUUCUCACUCCCCUUCUUUUGGAACCAUCUCGUUCUCAGCUCUCCAACGACCGUCGCGGGCGCUGCAGCCGCGCUCGUCGCCUCUCGCUCGUAUUCGCUUCAGCAUCCACAUUAUAAAAACCAGUCCCAUGGGCUCAGUCCCGACGGAACCUACUCUUCCAAUGCAAGAUCAAAUCCUACCGGCGGCAUGGGCUGGUUCGUUCGCCGUAUCGAUCUCGAUAUCAACAUCCAGCAACCUACCAUGGCCCUCAACGAACAGCUCUUGAGCGGCCUCGCGCAAAUUCUCCGCUUGUGUCCAAAUUUACACAUCUUUGCCGACCACGCACAUCCCGGCCCAUCGUUUGACGAACGUUACGUGCUCUACCUUCCAGACGGCUUGCUCUCCUACGUCUUCCACAGCCAAAAUGUCCUCCGCCGUGUCGAUUGGUCCGCGAACAAUCUCAUCCCGUUUGCUUCCUUCCUCCCGUACGCUCCCAACCUCGAAGUCCUCAGCCUCCAUUAUUUCACGGGACCCCCCAUCACUUGGCUCGGUAUUAACCGUUCAGUUGGGAUCAGCCUUCCGAAUCUUCAGACGCUCGUGCUAAACGAAGAUCCGGCGUGUAGCCAGGCUGCGCUUGUCAGUACCUGGGACAUGCCCCGACUUCAUAUGCUUCGGCUCGAAGUUUCGCCAGAUUUCGGUUCAGACCAGUUUCUACGGAUACACGGCCACAAGCUCACCACGCUUUCCAUUCAUACGCCUGCCACUCCACGACCCCUGUUGCCAACAGGUCAUUAUUGCGCCUACACGCCGCAUCUGGAAGCACUCUACUUCCAACUGCACCACCCAGCCUUUACCCUCAACACGCCGCUUCCGCAACUAAGAAUUAUUGGUAUACAUGGCCUACUCAACUUUCGUGGAAGGAGCUUUGACGACGGCGAGGAGGAGCUGCUGCAUCAACACUUGACGGGAAUGGUUCGCUGUCGAAUACGCAUGCCAGCGCUCAAAGUCAUUCGCCUAGUAGACUUUGACCCAGAGUCGUGGAAUUCACAGGACAGGACGGCACGCGAAGUCGCCCGAUGGCAGCGAUGGCAGCUUCGGUGGGAGAUGCUGGGCGUUCGGUGGGAGGAUCGCGAUGGACAGCUGAUGCGUGUCCCUAAUGCACUAUUGGAACUCUUGGAGCAGCGAGAUCUCGACGACGAGGAAAUUUACAGCGACGACGAGAUGGCGGUCGACGAGGAAAUUGAAGGCUUUAGUGACUAUCUUUCCAUGUCUUCCGCAUCGGGCAUGUGGGAUUGA